AUGACUGCUUUGAUUACUGUUAGCUUUCAUCAAAUUAUGCAGCAAGACGCGAAAGGCGAAAUGGCAGACGUCAAUGAAGUGGAUGACGCUGAGAGUAAUACCACCUUCGACAUGCUCAGCGAUCUGGUGUCUCGAGCGAAACAAUUACAGGCGGAGCUCGAAGCCUUCCAGUCGCACCUGAAGAAGACUCGUCGAGAAGGCACAGUCGAGAUCGCCCAUUUCAGGUCCACAGUCUUCUCCGAGGCAAACGCUCUGGAAAGAUUAUCACGACAACCAGCAAGCGAAAAUACUACCCACAUAGCGAGAAGCUCAAAUCUACCAUUUCUCGAGAAGGUUUGGAUGCAAGCCAAGACAUCCAAGCAACUGGUAGCUCUGCACAAGCGUGUCUACUACAACUCUCCCGUGAAAUCGCUGUGUCAAGGGCUGCAUCAUAUCAAUCUGGGCACCGAUAAGCAGAGCAGUCCUCCCAAAGACAAGAAAGCGGCUGUGACUGUUGACACUAUCACGGAGUCCGGUCGACUUUGGACCAAAGUCUCGCUGGUCACCAACAACAGGCUCUUGUUCGAUCUCGCGAAGCAAGGCUGGCAAUCAGAAGGAUCAGAUGACGAUGACAGUGGCAUAUUUCCCGAUGAUGACGACGAGAGCGAGGUUCCUUUGGUCAGAAACACCAAAGAGCUAUACCUUGCCUCGCAGUCAUUCAGGGUACGCACGAAGAUACCUCAGGUCCAGCUGAUCUUGCCUCGCAUACAGCUUGGCGAGACGAAUCAAGUGGAUGAGAUUGUCGAGAAAUGUAAAGCGAUCGGCGUCGAGGUGAUUUGUGGAGAAGACUCUGCGGCAGCUCCGGCUCUCGAGACCGCAUUACAUGCUAUGGCCCCAGAUCCUAUGUCGAGCUUUACAUCAACGCUGAACAUUGACUGCACCAUUCUCUUGGCUCUGGUGUCAGAGUUCUCUCACUCAAAAGUCAUCAAAGAACCCUGGUUCCACAAAGCCUUGCAACGCCAAGUCGAGAUCGAAGGCAACGAGAAUUUGCUACCCGCACUUCUCUAUCCAGCGAUAGUGGGACGCGAGCUUAUCUGCACAGAGGAAGCCGCGAAGCGCAUGCAAGAGAUUGUGGACACAAUAGGUACUCCCUCGGAGAAGGCUAGAACCGCACUACUUUUGCAUCAUGAUCAGCACAAGGCGCAAACCGACAUCAUCGCCAAGAUGCGAUCGCUCUCAGCAUAUAAAGUUCCUGAUGACUGGCGCCUUCCAGUACGAAUCGUGAAGGAGGACCAGGAAGAGAUCCGAGGACGACUACCCCAAGAGGCCUUGCAGAUCAGCAAGUCCUUGUCCGAUAUCAAUCGAUCAGUAUUCCUGUAUGGCUGGGCAGAGGGCAUGACCACGAUCACCAGCAAUCGGACGGUGGCGAAGCUGAUCGAGAGCGACCUCGAUAAGUACGACAACUUGGAUGACUCUGUAUUUCCCAGUAUAUGGCUGUGCCCGACUGCACGUUCCCUGGUCGGCAAAGAAAAGAGAGGCGCCAAAAAGCAGGGCAAUAGCGAAGGCACUUGGCCGCUACCUGAUCCGUUGCGGAGGGAAGAGCAAAGAAGGAACGGCUUGGAUGUUUUGUCCUCAAGGGAAGGCACUCGAGUAGAAGACCUAAGGCCGAACGGGUACCCAUGCGACGAAGUCAUCGAGGCCAAGAAUUCUGCGAGGCGAAACGCGGAGGCGGAAAGACAAACACAAAUAGGAAAAGGUUAA